AUGAUAGUAAGGAUUAUUCGAGACUAUCCUGCAGAGCACAUGGUAACCCUCAUUAGCUGCACAUUUGUUACUUUGCAAUCAGCUUUUGUUGCUCUAGCUGCUGAAAGGGAUCCAAAUGCUUGGAAACUCAGACCCGAUCUCGAGUUAUUUGGUAUGCAUUUGAAAGGACCCAUAAUUUAA